AUGGGUGCGUCAUCUUCGCAUGUGUUUCAAACUUACAAGGACCCUGCUUCGAUGCCAAACUUUACGAAGCCUCCAACUUACGACCCUUUGCUGGGUUUUGAAAAUGGUCGUAAAGAAAGAAAGUCUAUUGUGAGUGUGCUUGUCCUUUCAGAGUGGGUGUCAAAUUGUUGUAGUGUGCCGUAGUUGCCUUAUACAUUCUUCGUUUUCAAAGAGACCGACUAAACAGAAAUGUGUGGGCACCAUACACUUUGGUCAAGGUCCUAAUACCAAAUGUUUUCGACUCUUAGAAGCGACUUCUUAGUCUGUUACUUCUGGCAGCUGACCCCAUGGUUGCGGAGUCCCGUAUGCAGCCGACCUUCAAGAUCUGCAGGGGCUAUGUACAUGGUGCCGCUAUCUCCCUUUUUUGACUAUUUAUCGCUGCCCUACUAACGUAUAAGCUCGUAAAGUCCACCUGUCUUCCGCAGCUACAGUACUUGUGCGAAUGUUCUGACCAGUCAAGAGUCUCGUGCACAGUGGGAUGCAAGUUUAAGGUGAAGUGGACUACAGAUGUUGCAUUAUCACGCGCGAUCACAUCGAUAACUGCAAGUCCAGUGAAGAAUUUUCUGCAACCAUCGUGUACAAACGAUUUCUCGGCACCAGUCACCUCCACGCGGCAUGUUCUUAAAUCGACUACUGUGGGUUUAUUUGACAUCCUAAACUCGCUGCUCUAUUCACCCGACUUGCCGGACUUGCCCUCAUUUGUUAAGUUAGGGAAAUAUCGUAAUUUCCACGGCUAGGAAAGCUAGCACUCUAAGCGAGUUUGGUAGGUCGUCGUCUCAUUCCCACCUGGCGAUACGCCUUUUCUGGUCGGCGGCUUUCUUGCGACAUGCCCUGAGAAAAUAAUUAUUAGUCAUUUCUAAGACGCAAGUCUCCCAAACCUUCAGAUGCAUCGUGGGCCCAUCAAGAUAUUUUCUCCCGGAAUGUGUUUUUUGGCACAUCCAAAAAGAAAAUUUGCUUCGUAUAAGCACUGAAAACCAAAGAAAUUGUGCAACGGUUGCCUUUCUGCUGUUCCGAACUAUCAGAGGUGUCAAAUCAGCACAGCGAGGAAGCUCCUGCUCUGAGAUGGACUAUAACAGGUUUUUCUUACGGACACGAAAUACAGAAAUAUCAAAUUUUGCUUAGCCGGAGGGAACCCUUGGUAUUUUAGGUAGCAGAAGGCUCAAUCGGAUUUCGAGAAUUCAGCGUCUCUAAUUUCGUCCUCACCAGUAUAGGGUGUCGUGAGAUAGGAUGAUAUUCUGAUUAAGGUCAAGGUCAUGUGCUGCCACAAGCUCACUGGUUACUUGGGGGGCUUGAACAAGCCUGGAGAGAAGUUUGUGCCUGUUAAAUGUUCCACUGCUUAACUCCAGAAACUGCCGCAACAGUGUCUCAGUUGUUUCUAUCCCGUAACGCAAAAGUCGUGUAGUUCCGUAAUUCUCAAAAGUUUUUAGGCGUUUGCUUGUAUUUCAUCCGCUAUUUCUUUAAAAAGUAUUUAAAAGACUGAAGGCGAAGCAGCUUUAUGCCCUAUCCAUACAUAAUUUCCAUCCAAUUGAGUUGUACAUUUCCUUUCGUUUUGUAAUUUAGACCAUUCCUGGCUGACAUGAACAUGCUGUAUGUUGGUGCUAACGCUUAGCACUCGGCUCACGUUUCAACUUAUUAUUGCAAUAUUCCGUAGGUAGUGACCAUGGCGAACGUAUAAUUUUCAAGAAGAGUAGCCGAUGCAGAAGAGGUGGUCACUGAAAUAACCUGAUUUUAGGUUUGAAUUCCUAAACUAAAUGUGUGGCCGUUCGUCUUCAGGGACUGGUGAAUCCACCGCUGCUGCGUGCGUCGGUUCGCGUUCGCGUACUCUCAUAUCUGUGCUUAGCUGGUGGUGUCUGGGACGGUUGUUAGAUUGUCCGCGGCCAUAAUUUGGUUGUGGAGAAUGCAUAUCUUUCUCCUACCUUGUACUUGGUUCGGCCGUGGUCAUGCGUAAUUCAGCUAGCCUCGAUGUUGCCACAAAGUCCGAAAUUUUCAUGAGGUUUCUUGGAGAUUUUGAGUACAGGCGGGUCCUUAACGGCCCUUCAGCUUGUUCGUUCGAGGCUGCCUCCUUUAGCACUUUGACUCAAAAACUUAACCCGAAGGCACUAAUGGCAAGCAAGUCUAUUUAAUGGCUGUUCACGGUCGUUAUGUCGCAGCACCGUUAUCGGGCUUUGCAGCACUUUAUAAAGCAGUCGGCGUGCCAGACCUUAGCCCUCUGCGCCCUAGUGCAUUGUUGUCGCUGGCCCGUAUUCGCUCGAGAGCCUGCUUAUUUCACAGCUGACCUUCGCUGAAGGCCGUUCCACUAUCCGCCAUAUGUGGACACAGCAGCCUGGCAUCAUCCUGUGUGGUUUUGCGGCAUAUAUAUACAUACAACAUCGAGUGGAUGCAGACAAUCCUACCCAGGGUGGGCAUCUGCGACGUCUCCUUCCUUUGGCGGCCAGUCGCUCCCCACGCUAGACACACGCAACGAGUCAUACAGGUCGAUUGGAGCACGCGGACAUAAACGGGUGCUCUGCGCGACGAACUCUCCAGUCUCUGAUGACGAGCGGUCACGAAGGUCGUUCGAAACUUCAACCCCAACAUAAAGCUUCGGUUAUGUGAGUACUUCUGCAGGUGUAAUCUUACCUCUGCUUCUGAAUUACACACCUCUGUAGGUAACAGAAGAGGAGAUGAUCGCUGCUGGUUUGACUGCAAAAGAACGUGACUACUGCGCCCCAGUGCUCAUGGCCUGGAGAAAAUGCAAGGCGGAACGAACUAUCUUCUUUCCUCUUUUCUGUCUCCACUUCCGUCACGCCUACCUCGAGUGCCAGACGAAGGAUCAGAUUAUGCGGAUGAAGGAGUACGAACGGGAACUGAGGCUCAUGCAGAAGGAGCGUGCUGUGGCGACUGCCGAGUAG